UCUUUCCGCCUCUCUCUCUCUCUCUCUCUCUUCUCUCUCUUCUCGAAGGUGAAGAAGCAAUGGGUGUGAAGUAUCUGUGGGAUGUUUUGGAGCCUUGUAAGAAGACUUUCCCACUCGAUCAUCUUCAAAACAAAAGGGUAUGCGUGGAUCUCUCUUGUUGGAUGGUGGAAUUGCAUAAAGUUAACAAAUCUUAUUGCGCCACCAAAGAAAAAGUUUAUCUUCGAGGGCUCUUUCAUCGUCUCCGAGCCCUAAUUGCCCUAAACUGCUCCAUCAUUUUAGUCUCAGAUGGUGCAAUUCCCGGAAUCAAAGUGCCAACUUAUAGGCGUCGGUUGAAAGCAAGAUUCGAGGUCGCUGAUGAUGGCGUUGAACCUGGGAAAGAGACUUCACUCAAAAGAAAUAUGGGGUCCGAGUUCUCCUGCAUCAUAAAAGAGGCUAAAGUUAUUGCAUCAACACUGGGGAUACUUUGUUUAGACGGGAUUGAGGAGGCUGAGGCACAAUGCGCUCUACUAAAUUCAGAAUCCUUAUGUGACGCCUGUUUUAGCUCUGAUUCAGAUAUCUUCCUUUUUGGUGCAAAGACUGUAUACAGAGAAAUAUGCCUUGGUGAAGGAGGUUAUGUUGUUUGCUAUGAGAUGGAUGACAUCAAGAAAAAGCUUGGUCUUGGACGGAACUCAUUGAUAGCUCUAGCGCUUCUGCUUGGCAGUGACUACUCUCAGGGAGUUCGUGGUCUUCGUCAGGAGAAAGCUUGUGAGCUUGUUAAGUCGAUUGGAGAGAAUGUUAUUCUUCAAAAAGUUGCAUCAGAAGGACUUGCCUUUGCGGAAAAACCUAAAAAGUCUAAGAAGCAAGUUAAGCCUUCUGUGUGCAGUAAAAAAGGGACCUUACCUUUGGUGGUUAUAAAUGGAAAUAAUCGUGGUCCGGAAGGACUGGAACAGAUCAAGCAGGUGAUUGAUGCGUUCAUGAAACCCAAGUGCCACCAAGCAGACUCUAAUACAGUUUCCAGGGCCCUAGCUGAAUUCUCUUUCCAGCGCACCAAGCUUCAGGAGAUAUGUCAUCAGUUCUUUGAGUGGCCCCCUGAGAAAACAGAUGAAUACAUACUUCCUAAAGUUGCUGAAAGAAAUCUGAGAAGGUUCGCUAUUUUGCAAUCAAAAUCAACUGAGGUUGAAGUUAAUCUUCCCCUCCAUAAGCCAGUGGUGCCAGAGAAGUGUCCGGUGUCUGAAAUCAUAAAGACCCGCAAAGUACAGGGACGAGAAUGUUUUGAAGUCUCAUGGAAUGAUUUAGAAGGGUUAGAGACGUCCAUUGUUCCUGCAGAUCUUGUCCAAAGGGCUUGUCCUGAGAAGAUCAUAGAGUUCAAGGAGAAACUGGCAGCAAAGAAAAAGAAACCGAAGCCGAAACAAAAACAGAAGGAAACUAGUUCGCCGACCAAAUCUUCUUCUCUUGCAGAACUCAGCCGCGAACUCCAACAACUUGAUCUCAACUCAACCUCUGUAGCAACUACAAACAUCGUACAAGAAGCUAAGCAAGGGAAAGAACAGCAAAACUUCAAGAAACAUGACUACUUGUGUCUGAUCGAUUCACCCGACAGAGAAAAUUGCAAUAACGCUUGGUCCACGACCAUGGAUAGAUUCAGUGUUGGUCCGAGUUCUUGUUCACUGUAUCCGGAAACAGAAGUCAUUGAUCUGAUAAGCCCUUGUCCUGAAGCACGUUCACGGAGCGUGUCAAGAAGUUAUGAAGAAGAAAAGAAGAACCAUGAUCACCAACAACUUGAGACAGUGAUUGAGCUGAGUGAUUCAGAGACAGAUGAUGAAGAACAUAGCAAAAAGGCUAAAGAGCUUAGGAUGUUUCUUCAAAAUAUCAGGAAAGACAUUAUCCUCUGAUGAAACAAAACUAGACGAUGAUCAUUUAUUAUAAUAAACUAUAUAUGGCAUUGUAUAAGAAUAAUGUUAUGAGACUUCUUUAAUCUUUAUUCUUUGUAUUAA